CCCAGAAUGGGUUUUAAUUACGUGCCCAGGACUGGCGGUUACUUGGACUUUGGCGUUUGAGCGCAUGCCUAAAAAAAAAAAAGGGGGGGGGGGGGUCUGUGGCCUGGAGUGAGUCAGGAGGCGGGAGAGGCGAAUGUGCCGUCUGGAAACCAAAGGCCUGUACUCGCUUCUUGUGUCUCCCGCGGCCGCCUCAGGGAGAGAACAUGGCGGCGCCCGCGGCCCGGGGCUGCAGCCUGGCCGGCCUGCUCCCCGCGCAGACGUCGCUCGAGUACGCCCUGCUGGACGCCGUCACGCAGCAGGAGAAGGACAGCCUGGUCUACCAGUAUCUGCAGAAGGUGGACGGCUGGGAGCAGGACCUGUCAGUGCCCGAGUUCCCGGAAGGAUUAGAGUGGCUGAACACAGAAGAGCCUCUUUCUGUUUACAAGGAUCUGUGUGGAAAAGUGGUUGUGCUCGAUUUCUUUACCUACUGCUGCAUCAACUGUAUUCAUGUGUUGCCUGAUCUCCACGCAUUGGAACACGCCUUCUCCGAUGAAGAUGGUCUUCUGAUAGUUGGAGUUCACUCGGCUAAGUUUCCAAAUGAAAAAGUCCUGGAUAACAUUAAGAGUGCUGUUCUGCGCUACAAUAUCAACCACCCAGUGGUUAACGAUGCAGACGCCAGCCUUUGGCAAGAAUUAGAAGUUUCCUGCUGGCCAACGCUAGUCAUCCUUGGACCCCGUGGAAACAUGUUGUUUUCUUUAAUUGGAGAAGGACACAAAGAUAAAUUAUUUUUAUAUAUUUCAAUAGCUUUAAAGUAUUACAAAGAGAGAGGUCAAAUCAGAGAUCAUAAAAUUGGAAUAAAACUCUAUAAAGAUUCCUUGCCAUCUUCACCAUUGCUUUUUCCUGGCAAAGUAACCGUAGACCAAGUUACUAACCAACUGGUAAUAGCAGACACGGGCCAUCAUAGAAUCUUGGUCGUUUUGAAGAAUGGACAGAUUCAGUACAGCAUCGGAGGACCCAACCCUGGGAGAAAGGAUGGGAUAUUUUCAGAGGCAACUUUUAAUUCUCCACAAGGUGUAGCCAUAUCGAAUAACAUCAUAUAUGUGGCAGAUACAGAAAACCACCUCAUAAGAAAGAUUGACCUAGAAGCUGAGAAGGUGAGCACUGUAGCUGGCAUUGGAAUUCAAGGAACAGAUAGAGAAGGGGGCGCAAAAGGGGAGCAGCAGCCUAUUAGCUCCCCCUGGGAUGUAACAUUUGGAACGUCAGGUUCAGAGGGCCAAAAAGAUGACAUUCUCUGGAUAGCCAUGGCAGGAACGCAUCAGAUAUGGGCACUCCUAUUGGACUCUUGCAAACUGCCAAAGAAAAAUGAGUUAAAAAAGGGAACCUGUGUUCGAUUUGCUGGAAGUGGGAAUGAAGAGAAUCGGAACAACGCGUACCCUCACAAGGCGGGCUUUGCCCAGCCUUCUGGCCUCUCCCUGGCCCCUGAGGAGCCCUGGAGCUGCCUCUUUGUGGCCGACAGUGAGAGCAGCACCGUGAGAACCGUCUCGCUCAAAGAUGGAGCUGUGAAGCACCUUGUCGGAGGAGAAAGAGAUCCCAUGAAUUUAUUUGCUUUUGGUGAUGCUGAUGGAGUAGGAAUCAAUGCAAAACUUCAGCACCCACUUGGAGUUGCGUGGGACAAGAAAAGGAAUUUACUGUACGUGGCAGACUCCUAUAAUCACAAGAUUAAAGUUGUGGAUCCUAAAACAAAAAGCUGUAUAACGUUAGCAGGAACUGGAGACACAAAUAAUGUUACAGGUUCCAAUUUCACCGAAUCAACUUUUAAUGAGCCAGGAGGCUUGUGUGUUGGAGAGAAUGGUCAGUUACUGUAUGUAGCGGACACCAAUAAUCAUCAAAUUAAAGUGAUGGAUUUGGAAACAAAGAUGACUUCUGUGCUCCCCAUCUUCAGAUCUGAAAAUACUGUUGUGGAUGGUCCAGUCCCAGGAGAGCAACAGAGGACAUUACCCAAGCUGCCUAAAUCGGCCGCAAGCGUCAAGCUUUCUCCUGUGACAGCGUGUCCUGGCCAGACCCUUCACUUCAAGCUGAGCCUGGGCCUUCCAUCGGGAGCAAAGCUAACAGAAGGAGUGCCCAGCUGCUGGUUUCUGACAGCUGAAGGCAACGAAUGGCUUCUGCAAGGACAGAUACCAUCUGGAGACAUAGAGAACAUUUCCAAUCAACCAACAAUUUCAUUGCAAGUUCCCGGCCAUUGCUUGUCACUUGAGGCUGUUCUGUCAGUCAGCGUUCUGCUUUAUUACUGCAGCGCGGACAGCAGUGCUUGCAUGAUGAAGGGAGUUCUGUUCAGGCAGCCUGUGCGCAUAAGUGACACACAGCAAGGCUGUGGAGCACCUGUAGAACUCAGAUACGUGUUUUAGGAAGCCAACUAACAACGGCUCACCACAGGCUCCUCUUCCAUACCCCUGCUUGUGUCCUCACCAUCACUGUAACUUAGGAAAAAGCACG